AUGCACACACGAGAAGCACUUCCCCAACGCCUCCGCAGCCACACAGCGGGAGGACGGACGGCUGCCGGGGCGCAACAGGCCCGGGCAGCAACAACUCACGGCGGCCAGCUGCGCCGGAGGGACGCACACCCGCAGCGGCGGCUCAAACGCGUCGCGUGGGGCGCACCAAGGCAGAACUCCACGGCAGCGGCGGCCACCCCCCGCCUCUGCGCCUCCGCCAUGGCGGUGACGGACGAACGGCUCGCGGCCGCACUCCCCUUACACAGACACACGCACGCGCGAGGGGCGAAGAACAAAAAUGCCUCGCGCACACGCAGCCGCAUCGAGAGGGACGGGGCGGGCCCAAAGCCCGCCGCACAGCCUGCGGCUGCUCUGCAG